AUGGUAUGUAGAUCGUUUAUAAGUGACUGAAAAAAAUAAAACCUUUUUUGGAUCAGAUUAUAUUAGAAACUAUUCUUGCGUUAAUUUCGAUUGUAGAAUUCAGCGGAACUGCAGUGGUAUGGAAGGGCUGAUGUUCUUUUUGAGGUAAACUGACGCACUAGAAUUUUUUUUAGAAAUCAGUUAGUAUGCUGCAAUUAUAUUUUUGAAGUGCAGUAGUCACUUACUCGAAAAUCAGUUCUAUUCCUAUAUUGUAUGCAGACUCCUAAAGGGGGGUAUUCCCUCUAACGACUUAUAGGGGGACAGUGGUACCUUUUUCAGCUUCAGGUAUAUGAAAAGGUUGGGAAUUCACGAGUUGUGGUAUAUGAAAGGGUAGAAAAAUGUUGUAUUUAAGUAAUUAAAAAGGCCUUUAAUUGAUAAAAUGUUUCGAAAAGACUCGCGUUGUGGCUAUAUCUUUUCUGAAAGAUCGAAUAGUACUGUGUGGAUAGAAAGAAGGGAGAUGGAUCGGAUUUGCGAAUUUUGAGGGAUAGAAUGGUGAAAACGAUAACGUCCUUGCAGGCGUUUGCUUUCCUCCUCGCGCUUCUAUUUUAUCCUUCCCCUUCUUCUUCAAACGUCUACCACAACUGCACGUAAGAUGUUAAGAUGAAAGCAUUCACACCAACAUUGACGCCGGGCCAGUGUCGGUAGAGUGCACUUUUUUAAAGCUAGUGCCUAAACAGACAACCAACUUAAAGCAUACUUUCUGCAGUACACAGAAACUAAUUUAGAUUUAGUAAAAUUACAUGCUAACUAAAAUUUGUAUAGGUAAUAGCAUGAUUUGUAGUGAUAUUUCGAAAUUGUUAUAUGUAAUUUCACGAGCCGUUAGGAGAGUGAAAUUUGAGACAAUUUUGAAAUAUCCCGAGUGGUAUUUAUGCCAAAAUUCACGUACAAAUCAUACUAUUAUUUGUUUAUACUACUACCCGCAAAAUUUUUGUAAUUUUCACAUGUAGGUAUUUCAAAAUAAACUGAAAUACCCCAGCUCUAAACCAAUCAAACUGCAGAAAUUUCUCAUGUAGUAGUAUAAACGUAUAAAAACAUCUUACCGCUAAGAAUAAACUCGGGGACAGUUAGUAUUCCUUCACAGAAAAAUGUUCUACCAGUCACGUUUUAACUGUAGAGCAUUUAAAGACCGUUCUUUAAAUUGAGACGGCCUUAAGUAUUGUUAUCGCAUUUUACUAGGCCACUCAGCGUCACCUGUACACUAGCGAGGCCUGCCUGGUUCGAGUUCUUCACCCUUGCUUAUUAAGCAUCCUCAAGGUGCUGGAACCACCUCCAACGAAACCCAGGUUUGGAAGAAAAGUAGGCUGGAUUAAUUUUAAUGUUACUACUAUUAUUACCAAUAACACUGCCACUAUUUGGGUGGUUAAUUUACAUCUAAUGGGUAAUAUGGCUUGUUUACUUCAAAAAUCUGUGGGCUCAGCCUCGUAUCUAUGACUUAAAGUACGGAGGCUGCCCGUGAUAAUUUAGCCCCCCCACCCACCCUUGCUCAGAUUGUACUGGGGUUUCCUUCUGCUAGGAGAGUCAGUACUACCCACAAAUUUUGACCGUCUUAAAUCACUCAAGAGAGAUCAGAGAGUCGUUAACCGGCGAAGGUCAGUUGGCAGCUUCGUUACUUCGGCAAACGAUAAACGGCAAAUUUAAGAUGAGAAUUUCUCAAAAAAGAAAUUAAGCUGAUAAAAACAGUCGAAAACAGGGUUUCCCUAGGAGUAAAAACCUGUGGAGUUUUCUUUGUUUUCUAGCUAUUUUUUUCCUUGGCUCUAUUGUGUUGACUUCUCAGUGGCUGCUUUGUAUUCAUUCUUUUACGUCACUCGUGAGCUUCACUGGGGUUUUUACACCGAGGAUGAGCCAAAAUCAAUUUUUUUGGAUGAAAGUAAUGUGAAACUAAUAAUUUUGUUUGUCGAACUAAACAAACGUUAACGACAAGUAAAGGGAAAGCUUGGUCACGUGGUACAAAUUCUCGUUUGCCGCUUGCCGUAAACAUGAAUCGAACUCUAUGGCAUAACUGGGAGAUUCCUUGCUUUAAAUUUCGCAUUCUGAGGGCCCGAAGUUACAAUGCUUUUUCAUUUUAAACAUAUUAUUCUUAGGUAAUGUUUGCAGCUAAGGUCACAACGAACAAAAAUUUACAUCUUUAAUAACUAGCUGGUCUCGACACUCAUUGUUUAAAUUAUAUUGCAAGCACUUAUCAUUGCGCCAUUUUUAUGUCUUCUCACAGACAACCAAAUGCGACUCAGUGUUUCAAAUAAUGCUGACAUCUAUGGAGUUUGAAAGCAAGAUAGCGAUGAGGCGGGUAAGCGAGACGCCUAUUUUAGUCAAAAUACUUUUCAUGCAGUCUUCGUGGUGGUAAUGGUCGCUCAAUCGAUCCUCAAUUUUUAGUCUACUCACCAAUUAAACAUUACGUCAAAGUAGGACCAAUGUUGGAAAAGCUACGUAUUAAAAGCUCUAGCUAUUUUACUAAGGAAUUAAUUUUCUUAUCAUCGACCUUCAACUCGUGUACAAUGAUAUUACUUAGAGUGCGACCGAGCAGGCCAGUUCCAGUUCUUUUUAGGAUUUACAAGCUCGUUUAUCAUUUGUUUUUCGAUGGGCCCUUUGUUUUCCAUCGCUUCCAUCGCGAUGUUUCGACCGCGUACUGCAGGUUUUCAUCUGGUCAGUGGCGGAUCCAGACCAUUAGAUAAUGGGGGAAGGGGGAGGGGGGGGGGGCGGUCAUCCAGACCCUGAGAUAAGGGGGUGCCGGGUCUCAAAAAAACUUUUUCCGGCCCUUAGGACCCUCAGUUUGGUCUAAAAAAAAAGGCCUUCCCUGGAUCCGCCACUGCAGGUGUUGGUAUCGCUUUACCGAGCGAGACCUAUUAGUAGCACCCCGUUUUCUCGGAUUGGUACAUGAGGAACUUCACUCAUGCUUGGUGGGUUUCGAUUCGAAAGCGUUGUUGCAGGCCGUUGGCUGUGUUCGCACUUCACUGGUUAGCGAAAAGAUAUCCGGUAUAGUAUGAUCACCUAUCCGAUAUGCGAACUCUCCACUUUAGAGAUCAAUCGGCGCGGUGUUUCGCUCCGUCACAGAAAUCGCGCCAAAAUCACCGUUCCUAUGUGUGAACAGUAGCCCUAUCCGAUAUGGUUUUCGUGCAUGCGCAAAAGCUACCUGGUAUAGUGAGAACCUAGUUUUAGUGUCGUAUUUACACAAGGAUUGAUCUUUCUCACCCCAUAAAUUGAACUGUCAUCGCUCGCUCCCAGGCAUAUUUCUCAAACUGUACUGACUAGAGCCUUGUAACAUUUACGACUAAUCAAGUGGAAAGGUUUGACUAGUGUGCUGCUUCUGCUCCUUUGUUUCCACCAGGCGUGUGCAAGUCAAUUGAGAGAUUAUAUUGAGCACAUGGGAAUAACCAUACUGCGUCACUUUAAGGUAGAGCUGUUUUUUAAUCAAUCAUUUGAGGAUCAUUAAGUCUUAAGGGGCCAAUAAAACCUAACGACACGCUUAACCGCUAACAUGUGGCAUUAGAAUAAAGACUGACUGGACGAGUGCGUUAGCUGUUAUUUUAAAUAACGUGAAGAUUUAUGCAACUUUCUCCAGGCUCAAACAGGUUAAGGGUUUGAUUUAGAAUGGUUACGCUAUCAAAAAUUCCAAUUUGAAAUCUGAGUUAAAGGAAAAAUUUGAUAAAGGCCUCAAGCGGAAUAAUGCGUGUGACAUAACUUGCAACUUGCCGCGACGCCAUCAUGCUGCAAUUUGCAUCCACCCUACUUGCUUUAGAGUUUUUAAUGUUGCCAAAAGUACAUGUCGCCUCCAGUUUUCCCUUAAUAGUAGAGCUAAACAAUCAAAACUGUUAAAAAUCUGUCUGGAAAGUAGAAAGAAGAAAACAUUUCGGGUGAAAAUACAGACAGAUUUGCCGUUAUAAGUGCUGCGCGAGAAAACGUAACGGGAAGCAGUUGACAGAUAUUUGUCACGAACCUAUUCGUGUUGGAGUGGAGAGAAAGGUUAGACGUAAAAGAAUAAUGGUUUUACGAACGUAGAUGUAAUAGUUGUUUCUUUUCGUUUCUUUUUUUUUAGCGACUUUUAAGAGUUAUCGUAUCGUACUUGGAAGUAAGCGAUUAUCCCGACGAAGAAGCCAGGCUAGCCAUUUUAGACGCUUUAAACACCGCAAUACUUUACGCAUGGCCAAGGUAUGACGUUUGACAUCUUUACCUUUUCACUCACAAUUCGCCACUUUAACAACGGCAAGGAAACUGGGCCGAGUUUACUUUCGCAAAGACUUCUGGGACUGAUACUAGGCCAUACUGAGCUUAAGCAAUGGAAAGCAAAGGCGUUUUUGGGCGACGCACCUCAACCGGAAGUCAGACGUUUUCUCUCUAACAUGCUUUGGCGCUGCCAAGUUUGAAAUGCCGAGUGUGAUUCUCUCAUGCAGACGAUUUGUUUAAAAUUUUGGGCAAAACCACUGCCAAAUUGGCUCUGAGUCAAUAGCCCAUUCGGCCUUCGGCCUCAUGGGCUAUUGACUCAGAGGCCAUGAGGGCGAGAGGAAUAAUUGUUUUAGUAAAAUCCUACUAAAUGGUCAAAAAUAUCGAAAAUUAAAAAAAUUUAGCUAGUUAAAGCUAGACUUUAAUCCUUUUUUGCCGCCGAAGAGCCGUCGCUUUUCGAGCCUAGUAGCAGCUCAACCAACCAGAGCGCAGCAUUGAUAAUAGACCACUAGUUGGAUUUUACUAAUGAAAUAUAUACCUAUGCCGUGUUGCCCAACAUAAGCCUCAAAUCAACAAUGAAUUAAAUUGACUGGUCCAAUGAUUCUGUUUAGGUAUGUUUUCUUGUCGGACAUUAAUGAUUUAGAUUUACGAUACAUUUCCGGACGUUUACAACAAAUUGAACUGUAAACUUUUGUUUUACUAAGUUUUGUAUUUUGUUUUUGACACAAUUUAUUAGUAAAGGGCAUUUUCGUGUCUUACAACGCAUGGUUACUGAAACGUGCACGUAAUUGCAAACUUGGCUGAUUACUAAGGUGCUGUUUUCUUUGUAGGAUUCCUCAACACAGCUCCAUGAUCCUGAAAUCGCUUCUUAAGUUACUUGUUGAUGCGACAGAUUCAGCUCCUUAUUUAACAACCCAAGGUAAGCUUAUUACUUUAUACGCUGUUUAUUUACCAGGACAUCUACCAAGAAUCGAAGGUGGAAAAUUUUGGUUGUAUACUUUCAUUUUCUCCUGUGCACCUUAUUUUGGUUGAAUGAUCUGAUUUAAUAUUCACGAACAGACCUUUCCACGGUUUUUUUAGCUCCUCAAAGUUCGAGAAAUUUUACAGACGUUUGAAUUGGUGGGUCAGAAUAUUAAGUAAACGUUUUUAAAAUACUGAAAAAACUGAUCAAUACGUUGUUUGAAUGUAAUGAAUUCUGAUCAUUUGCAAAUCGUCAUUUUAAAUUUGGGCAUCGUUUCGCCAAUAGCUAUGGAUCAUGGCGACUUCGCCGAUUUUUGCCCAGUAUACGAUUAGACGUAGGAGAAGCAUCGAGGACCACUGCAAGUUACGCCGCGUUUUUAUCUUACUUUUUAGGGCGAAACGCAGGCAAAAAGUUUUAAUGUACAAGUAAAAGCUCUGUUUUAGCGACCACUUACUGUAAGCGACCACUUUGAAAAUAACCGUUUUGUUUCUGAGUCAAAUACUGUUUCAAAACGUUCUCGUGAGAAGCCACUAAAUAAAUUUCUUAAUGACCGCGACCACUUUUUAAAGCAAAAAUUUGGGAUAUUCUUUUGUUUUCUGUUUCCCGUAAGCGACCAGCCGGCAUGAUCACGUAUGAUUGAAAGAAAACCACUGCUCGAAUGUUACAAAAGUUCAGUUUUUAAAAGCGUUGACCAAGCAUGGCAACAGAUUAUAGCAUCUGACUUACAAAAAAAGAUGGUUGUAAUACGAUCUGUAGGUUAAAAGGUGUAUUGUUACAUUGAUGCAAAAUGUUAUGUACAAAGUUUCAACAGUUCCAAGCGCUCUUCGAUGUGAAACAUUAUUGCCAGUUCCUUGUUUCUCGCCGAAUGUUUUGCUUGUUAGGUAAUAACUUUAUGUAAGCACAUUAAUCAGUUCAGUGUCAGCCUAUUUUCUUGAUUUCUCCCGCAGGGGACCACCUCCUGUAAGCGACCACUUUGUCGUACACCAAGGGUGGUCGCUUACCGGAGAGUUGACUGUAUAUCUUACCCUGCGAGCAGAUCCUUCUCCUGUAUGGCUUUUAGCGUUUAAGAAGACUAUUUAUUUAAUCACUUCCACCAUAUGGUGCGGAACACACAGCAGAGUAAGGCUCCUUGCAGAUAACCCACCCAGCCCAGGAGAGGUUGGCCACACCACAGGGUUCUACGUCCCCUACUCUGUUCGAACAGUGGUGUGGGUUCUUUUACGUCCCGCAAGAACUAGAACUACGGUUUUUCGUCCUUAUCCGAGAAGACUAGAAAUUCUAAUAGUUUGCACAUGUCAUUGCAAAGGCAGCACUUUCCCCUCAGGUAUUUGAAGACCCUGAGUGUUGGUCCGGCCGGGGUUUGAACCCGCGACCUCCCGUUUAGUAGACUGGGACUCUCCCAACUGAGCUAACCAGGUGACGGUUGUUGUUCGGCUUGCAUGUCACAAAGUCGCGUAUGUGGUGUGAUAAACAAACUAACUACGGCGAGUGACAUGCGACGCAAAUGACUUCAUAAACGCGAGGGCCAUGCACGAGAGAAACCACUCAGUGCUUGCAAGGUAACUACAUCUGAACCCCCCAAGCUCGUUUAAAGUUCCAGAUGUUUAUUUGUCAGUGUAUUUUUCGACUUCCCAUUUUAGCUUAUCAGCAAUUGAAAGAAAAAACUGCGGAGUGCUUCCUUCUCCUUGUGAGGUGUUGUGGAAAACCAUUCAAGGUAUGCUAAUGACAAAAAAAGCAAGCAAAGAAACAGUGUCCACCUACUGGAAAAAAUCCUCAUACGUUCCCCUUUAACGGUACAAUUAAGGAACUUAACUUGGUUGUUCGUUUAAAUUUCAGCCUUUCCAAAAAAAUCGCCGUAGACGUUCCGUAUGUAGAAUCUGUAUAUCAGCCCUGUUCAAUAAUUUUCUUCACUCUAACCGCGGACAUAAUUUACCGAACAAAAUUUAAAGGAAGGCAGGUUCAGCGUUCGAGCGUUGCCCAUUUUCGUUUUUUCAACGUUGACACAGUUUGCUGAAUAAAUUAAAACUGUAAUUAUUUCAAGUGUCAGGAAAAAUAGGCCGCGUUUUUGUUUUAACGUCACGACUACACUACUUUGAGUUUGAGUGUUUUUCGUGUUCUAGAAGUGUCUUAAGCUUUAGCUUUUGCCAUGGCUUCUUAGUUUUUCUUCUUGUGAUCUUCAAAGUCUACCUCGAAUGUAGCGAAGUCUUUUUUAUUGGAGAGAACGAAAUGUAUAAACUAUAAAAUCCCUAGAAAGAUAUCCUCGCCAUGUUGAGUGACAGAUUGUAAAUGUGUGACGAAUACUGCACCUUACUAUUUUUUGAGUUAUCCACUUUUUAGUUGUUAUUCUUGAGUGUUGUUUAUGAUGUGAUGGUGUUGGCGGUGGUUCUUUAUUGUUAGAUUUUCUCUAAGCAGUUAUGUCUUGGACUCACAGUUCUUAUCUUUUAACCUGACUUCAGGUUGUACUUUCGUGUUUCUUGUUUUGUUGCGGGAAAGUUGAAAGCGUUACUGAAUACAGCCUGUUCCAGGCGUUCAGAUAGUAGAGCGCGGGAGAAAAUUCACAAUUUAACUCGCUCCCCGCCAUUUGACCGCCGCGCUCUACUAUCUGAAUACCUGGAAUAGGCUAUCCAUCACCUCGAGUCAUCUUCACAAUCUUUCAUCUAAAUGACUACCGCAGAGGUUGUCGAAACAUCAGUCAUUAUCAACAACAAUCCUGUGCAGAACUACACUCGCCUGAUCACAUUUCACCUUCUUAUAAUAUGACUUUUAGGCUCAAACCAUUCACACUCUUCUACUUUUAAUUUACUGUAGGAUCAAUUACGGGAGUUAUCCAAAGGUGUCGGACACAGUGAAGUAGAAGAGUGCGCGGCGAACGCUUUGAAAGACUAUGAAAGUGAAAUGACUGACUCGAUUACUUGCCAAGUUGCAGAUGUCAGAUGAGAGGAAAGGGCUUUUAUAAAAAGAGAAAGAAAAAAAAGGACACAAUAUUGAUACUUAUAUGGUGUGAUACAGACGGUCAGUGAACGAAGGCUCUUAACAGCGGCUACAUCGUUUGGCUAAAUUACCCGUAAAUAUCGCGCCCACUGGGACGGAAGAGGGAUUAUUGGAAGCUAGCCUCUCACGCAAACGUUCUUAAGGGUUUGUCACGCAUUCCUGCCCCACUAACUGGAAGCGUUCCCCUGUGUUAUUUCCAAUAAAACAGACUGAACUUAUUGAUUAAGCAUUGUUUUAUCAUUCAUGCUUAAAUCACAUUACAGCAAGAGAUGAUCAUCUA